AUGUCUGUUUGUCUCUCUUCCUCUCUCUCUCUCUUUCUCUCUCUCUCUUCCUCUCUCUUUCUUUCUUUCUCGCUUUCCCUCUCUCUCUUUCACUAUCUCUCUCUCUCUCUCUCUCUCUCUCUCUCUUUAUCUAUCGAUCGAUCGAUCAAUCUCAUGCCAUUGGCAGAGGCGAUGUUUCCGCUUCUACCUCUCGCUUUGUUUCUGUUUCCUUUCUCUUCGAUUUGUUUAAUCUGUUUAAAUAUCUAUAAUAAUGCGGAAUUUAUAGACAGACAUGUUUGGCUGUGUUUCACCUAUUUGGGAAGGGCUUAUCCCUCUCUCUCUCUUUCUUUCUUUCUUUCUUUCUCUUUUUGUUUUUAUGCUUUUUUUAUUUCUCUUCUCUCAUUCUUUUCAUCUUUCUUUCUUUCUUUAACACAUACUUUAUAUUCUUAUCAUUGCUCAAACGCUCGGUCCUUGAUAUCCUUAUCAUUCUUUCUUUCUUUCUUUCUUUCUUUCUUUCUUUCUUUCCUUCUCUUCUUUCCUUCUCUUCUUUUUCUCUUGUUUCCUUUUUUGUCUCUUUUCUCUUUCUAUUACUCAAAAGAGGUCUGUACGCGGCUUCUCGCUGAAGUUGAGCCAAGUAAAAUGCCCGUAAGGAACUCCAGUCACUCUCUCCGUGCCUACCGUGAAACACCGUCAAAUAUAUUCAAAGGUUACACGAUUAAUUUAAAGGACUCUCUCUCUCUCUCUCUCUCUCUCUCUCUCUCUCUCUCUCUCUCUCUCUCUCGUUUUCUUUCUGUUAGUUCCUUCUCGAUUCAUCAAGAACAGAUAUCCGACAUUUUGAAUCCGCUCACAAAACGAGACAGCCCUUAG